AUGCGUAUUGAAACUUGCUAUUUUUGCUCUUCCAGGAUUUAUCCUGGUCAUGGCAUUCAGUUCGUAAGGAAUGAUUGUAAGAUUUUCAGGUUUUGUCGAUCAAAAUGUCAUGCAGCAUUUAAAAAGAAGAAGAACCCACGUAAAACUAAGUGGACCAAAGCUUUCCGCAAAACAGCAGGAAAGGAAUUGGCUAUCGAUCCUUCAUUUGAGUUUGAAAAGCGUCGUCAUGCACCCGUUAAGUACAACAGAGAAUUAUGGACAAAGACCAUCGAAGCGAUGAAAAAGGUUGAAGAAAUACGUCAAAGGCGUUCUAAUAACUACAUUAUGCAAAGGUUAAGAAAGGGAAGAGAAGUGGAGUGGCAGAGAGAUGUUCGAGAAGUACAGAGAGACAUAUCACUCAUAAGGUCACCUGCAGCUGGCUUAAAACAGCGACAAGCUCAAGAAGAAGCUGAAAUGGAAGUUGAACCUGAAACAAUUGAAGUAAUUGAUUCGAAGGGUAGAAAGCAAGUUAUUGAAGCACCUGUUGUUGUUCCUGCUACUGGAGAGAUGAUUGUGGAUGGCGUUGGCGCUGGCACAGCGGGAUGUGUAAUUGCUUCGAGGCUCUCGGAAGACCCAAACGUGAAAGUGUUACUCGUUGAGGCCGGAGGUCAUAUGGGGUACUUCACCAAAAUCCCACUGACUGCAACUGCGGCGCAACACGGCCCUAAUGACUGGUCGUUUAAUGCUAAGCCACAGAAAUAUUCCUCUUUUGGCAUGUGGAAUCAGACACCCCUAAUACCUCGCGGAAGAGGCCUCGGUGGUUCUGGACAAAUAAACUUCCUUCUUCACGGUUUUGGCCUACCAGAAGACUACAAUAGGUGGUCGCAGUUAGGUUUCCGUGGCUGGACGUUUGAUGACUUGAAACCUUAUUUUCUAAAGGCGUUUGGUACCACAGAAAGUGAGUUUGAGUCGCCUUGUAUAGCCGGAGGUUAUUGUCAUCAAUCUAAAAUACCAAUGCACCUGAAGCUAAUAGAUGAUAACAACGAACUGAUGAACGUAUUUAGACGUGCGUCAUCUCGCCUGGCUGACCGGUAUACCCUAAUCCGUCGAUCCACAGCACCGGUUCUAUUAGGUCGACGGCAUCAGGCCUACGACGCCUAUCUAAAACCAGCACUCAACAGACGGAAUCUGCACGUGAUGUUGAAAACCCAGGCUGUUUCAGUGAGGUUCGACGACAAAGUGGCGUCGUCGCUCUACGUGCUAGAAGAUCAUAAAUAUCUAAACAAUAUAUUUGCGGAUAAAGAAAUCAUUCUGUGCGCAGGCGCUAUAAAGACACCGCAAAUAUUGAUGUUGUCUGGUAUUGGAUCUAGGGAUUUAAUGAAAAGAUUAAAAAUAAUGCCAGUGGUAGAAAAUAAUCAAGUGGGCAGAAACUUACACGACCACCUAAACGUACCACUCUAUGUUAGCAUCAAGAACCCGAUAAGCGUCACGCUUGCUAAAGUCUUUAGUUUCUUCACCGCUUGGGACUAUUAUUGGAAAGGGGAAGGUUACCUAUCCUUUCCACCAGUAGCAGGGAUAGAAUACAAGAAUAUGUCUGCACUAAUGUUGUUCGCUAUGGGCUCCACCAGCGAACGAUUACUUCGGGACCUCUCAAACUAUCGACCACAGGUGUUUCGCGAUACCUUCCCGUUCCACAACGACACGAGUAAAGAAGGCUUUGUAUUUCUCGCGUCGUGUGUCCAACCGCGCAGCCGAGGGACUGUGAGUCUCCGAGAUACCAGUACCACAGUACCCGUGGUGGUCAACCCUAACUAUUUGCACCAAGAAUGGGAUGUCCAGUGUAUAAUUAAAGCUCUACGUCGAGCUGAACGUCUGGUCUCGACAAAGCCGUUCAAGGCUAUAGGUGCGAAGAUUCACUGGCCCAGAAUUGAGAGAUGUCUCACUUUCUGGAGAUACAGUAGCCAGGAUCAGCUUGGCCUGCAGAGAAGACGGAGAAAGUCAAAGAUUCAAAAGCCACAAACAGAGAAACCUAAACCACGAAGACCUCCAAGUCCACCAGACGAGUACCUAGCAUGUGUAACCCGCGAAAUCGCUGUCACAGGACACCAUGUCGGCGGAACGGCAGCUGGUGGUACCGUCUUGGAUAAUCAGUUAAGAGUGAAAGGAGUAAAAAGUCUUCGAGUAAUGGAUGCCAGUGUGUUCCCAUCGCCUAUUUCACUCUUCCCUAAUUCUGUUAUAAUAGGUAUGGCGGAGAAAGCUGCUGAUAUUAUAAAGGCCAGUAGUGACGUGUAA